CGCGCGCUCCCCGGUAAAGUCUCGCGGUGCUGCCGGGCUCAGCCCCGUCUCCUCCUCUUGCUCCCUCGGCCGGGCGGCGGUGACUGUGCACCGACGUCGGCGCGGGCUGCACCGCCGCGUCCGCCCGCCGCCAGCAUGGCCACCACCGCCACCUGCACCCGCUUCACCGACGACUACCAGCUCUUCGAGGAGCUCGGCAAGGGUGCUUUCUCUGUGGUCCGCAGGUGUGUGAAGAAGACCUCCACGCAGGAGUAUGCAGCAAAAAUCAUCAACACCAAGAAGUUGUCUGCCCGGGAUCACCAGAAGCUAGAACGCGAGGCCCGGAUAUGCCGACUUCUGAAACAUCCAAACAUCGUGCGCCUCCAUGACAGCAUUUCCGAAGAAGGGUUCCACUACCUCGUGUUCGACCUGGUCACUGGCGGAGAGCUCUUUGAAGACAUCGUGGCCAGAGAAUACUACAGCGAAGCCGACGCCAGCCACUGUAUACACCAGAUCCUGGAGAGCGUCAACCACAUCCACCAGCACGACAUCGUCCACAGGGACCUGAAGCCCGAGAACCUGCUGCUGGCGAGUAAAUGCAAGGGCGCCGCCGUCAAGCUGGCCGACUUCGGCCUCGCCAUCGAGGUGCAGGGCGAGCAGCAGGCUUGGUUCGGCUUUGCUGGCACCCCGGGUUACCUGUCCCCUGAGGUCUUGAGGAAAGAUCCCUAUGGAAAGCCCGUGGAUAUCUGGGCCUGCGGAGUCAUCCUGUAUAUCCUCCUGGUGGGAUACCCCCCCUUCUGGGACGAGGAUCAACACAAGCUGUAUCAGCAGAUCAAGGCCGGAGCCUACGACUUCCCAUCACCAGAGUGGGACACGGUGACCCCGGAAGCCAAGAACCUGAUCAACCAGAUGCUGACCAUAAACCCCGCCAAACGCAUCACGGCUGACCAGGCGCUCAAGCACCCGUGGGUCUGCCAACGGUCCACGGUGGCGUCCAUGAUGCAUCGCCAGGAGACGGUGGAGUGCUUGCGCAAGUUCAAUGCCCGGAGGAAACUGAAGGGUGCCAUCCUCACGACCAUGCUCGUCUCCAGGAACUUCUCAGUUGGCAGGCAGAGCUCCGCCCCCGCCUCGCCUGCCGCGAGCGCCGCCGGCCUAGCCGGGCAAGCUGCCAAAAGCCUGCUGAACAAGAAGUCAGACGGCGGCGUCAAGAAAAGGAAGUCCAGUUCCAGCGUGCACCUAAUGCCACAGAGCAACAACAAAAACAGUCUCGUAAGCCCAGCCCAAGAGCCUGCGCCCUUGCAGACGGCCAUGGAGCCACAGACCACCGUGGUGCAUAACGCUACAGACGGGAUCAAGGGCUCCACAGAGAGCUGCAACACCACCACGGAGGACGAGGACCUCAAAGCUGCCCCGCUCCGCACUGGGAAUGGCAGCUCGGUGCCUGAAGGACGGAGCUCCCGGGACAGAACAGCCCCCUCUGCAGGCAUGCAGCCCCAGCCUUCUCUCUGCUCCUCCGCCAUGCGAAAACAGGAGAUCAUUAAGAUCACGGAGCAGCUGAUUGAGGCCAUCAACAAUGGCGAUUUUGAGGCCUACACGAAGAUCUGUGACCCGGGCCUCACUUCCUUUGAGCCCGAAGCCCUCGGUAACCUCGUGGAGGGGAUGGAUUUCCAUAAGUUUUACUUUGAGAAUCUCCUGUCCAAGAACAGCAAGCCCAUCCACACCACCAUCCUGAACCCGCACGUCCACGUGAUCGGGGAGGACGCGGCCUGCAUCGCCUACAUCCGCCUCACCCAGUACAUCGACGGGCAGGGCCGGCCUCGCACCAGCCAGUCGGAGGAGACCCGGGUCUGGCACCGCCGGGAUGGCAAGUGGCUCAAUGUCCACUACCACUGCUCAGGGGCCCCUGCCGCACCGCUGCAGUGAGCUCAGCCACAGGGGCAUUAGGAGAUCCCAGCUGGAGGUAUAACCUUUGCAGCCAGUGGCUCUGGAGGGCCUGAGUGACAGCGGCAGUCCUGUUCGUCUGAGGUUUAAAACAAUUAAAUUACAAAGCGGCAGCAGCCAAUGCACGCCCCUGCAUGCAGCCCUCCCGCCCGCCCUUCGUGUCUGUCUCUGCUGUACUGAGGUGUUUUUUACAUUUAAGGGGGAGAAAAAAAAAAAAAGAAAAAAAAAGAUUGUUUAAAAAAAAACCAAACACAUGGAAUCCAUACCAUGAUGCGUGUUAAAACCAUCAGUUAGCCCUUGGGCUGGCGAGGAGGCAGGAGUCCCGGCUGGAGCAGCGGGCUCACUCGCCGGGCCCUGAAGAGGUGGGCUGGCCUCUGGCCUCGUGGACUCGGGAGACCAGGCAAGGACUCUGACAAAAACCUCGGGGGCCGUGAUGGGAUGGCAGCCCCAGGUCUGGGAACGGACUUCUUCCGAAUCCGGCGGCGUAGGCACCCAGCACGAGGCUGGUGAGAACGCGGCGGCGGCCAUCAGACCCGCCUGGGAGCGGAGGCUCAGCUCCCCCGCCGGCUGCGGGCGGGGGCCGCUGCGACGGCGGCCUCGGGACUAAGGGCCCGGUGUGGCUGCACUUUCCCACGUUAGUGUAGAGGAGGAGAAAGAGAACUGGUGCUGCAGAGGCGUGGCCGCUCCACGGAGCCGACGGGAAACCUCGUGUUAGCCUGGCAUGCCCUCACGCACGCACCCACCCACGUCUGCGGGACGCACGCGGUGCAUGCGGGCCCGCGGUGGAGGCCCGGGCGCUGCCGCCGCGGAGGGGGAAGGCUUGCGCUUUGCUUCGUGUUUGUUUUCCCAGAACUCGGCCAGGAGAGAGCCUGGCCCUCGCUGCCGGGGGGGCUCCCUUCGCUGCCUCGGGCCGUUCUGUUUCUGUCUUGCCUUUUCAUGGUGGUGGUCCCCGUGCUGACCCUCCUCGGGGCCUGGGCCCUCUGCCGAGCGCCCCUCCGCGUGGGAUGGGAGGAGUGAGGCGGCGGCAUUGAAGGCGAUGGUGGUUUCUAUGCACUCGGGCUGCCCUGAGGGCUGCCUGCCUCCCUUCCUACUCUCCCCUCGCUGCACGUCCAUCUCUUUUCCUGUCUUUUUUGAGAUCGACCCGACGGCUUUGGCAAGAAGAAGAGGUGCCGCCUCUUUUUAAGAGUUCUCUUUACUGACCAACGGAAGUAUAGACUUCACUGCUGGACAAUCUGCAUGGGCAUCACCCCCACCGACGACAACUGCAUGUACCCAAAAGAGGUGUUCAGAGCCAGGACUCCUGCCCACACUCUGUCCCUCCUGUGCUCCAGGAGCUCCAAGUCCAGGAGGGAAAGAUCUGGAACUCUAAGCCGAUGGAGAAGACAAUGGAGGAGCAAUUGGUCACGGCAUUGGUUUCCCCAAAACAACUGUGCAAACGUGUCUACGCAAUUAUUUGCACUAUUUGGGGGGGAGGGGGGCCCGCGGGAGAAAGUGGGUAGACCCCAGCUGCCUGGACUACCUUCAGGAGGCAAAGCUACAGAUUGAGCUUGGAGCCAGCUGAGAAGAGAGCAGACUCGCAGGUGCUGGUGCUUGGGUUUCGCCAGGCUCCUCUGAGCACCUCAUGCAUGCCCCAGCCCCUGGGCCCUCGCCCUUUUCUGCCCUGCAGCCUGCAGCACCAGCACGCAGACACCUUCACCACCACAGGGUUUGGUUUUCGCUGGCUUGAAGACAAAACGGUCUUAGAAUUCAUUAAGACCCAUAGCUUCAUGUGGCUGCUCCAGCUCCACUUCUUAGCAUUCUUAACUCCUCUCUGGGGCUAAUGUCAGCAUCUAUAGGACUAUAGACUAUUAAAAAAAAAAGUCACCUUUUAAACAGGAAAUGGAAGGCAUUUGAUGCAGAAUUUUUGCAUGAUGACAUAGAAAUAAUUUAAAAAAUAGCUAGUGUUUGUUCUGAAUGUUGGUAGACCCUUCAUAGCUUUGUUACAAUGAAACCUUGAACUGAAGAUAUUUAAUAAAAUAACCUUUAAACCGU